AAAGGUCGGUCUGGGCUGGAGAAGCCAUCACCUACGGCGGAUCUCAGACUGAGCACCAUCGCCAUGGCCUGCCGCAGUCUCGCUUGCUGCCUGCUUGGCUUACUGGCUCUGACCUCGGCCUGCUACAUCCAGAACUGCCCCCUGGGCGGCAAGAGGGCUGUGCUGGACCUGGAUAUGCGCAAGUGUCUCCCCUGCGGCCCGGGCGGCAAAGGACGCUGCUUCGGACCGAGCAUCUGCUGUGCGGACGAGCUGGGCUGCUUCGUGGGCACCGCCGAGGCGCUGCGCUGCCAGGAGGAGAACUACCUGCCCUCGCCCUGCCAGUCCGGCCAGAAGCCCUGCGGGAGCGGGGGCCGCUGUGCCGCCACCGGCAUCUGCUGCAGCCCCGAUGGCUGCCGAACGGACCCCGCCUGCGACCCUGAGUCUGCCUUCUCGGAGCGCUGAGCCCACUUUGUGGGAAUAACUUUAGCGCGCUUCCUUCGUUCCCCAUGGCCACUGUCAGAAAAAAAGAAAAGAAAAGAAAAAUAAAGUAGAUUUCCUCUUCAAA